UCCAAUGUCUUCAUUUCUGCCCAAUUUCUCCAUUAGUUUCGUAAAUUCCGCCAGCAGUUCCCUUCAAUUUGAUAAAUUUAUUAAUGCAGUAUAACCUUCUUCUGCGUCUUCACCACAAUCAUUCCCCCUCUCUCAAUCUCAAUCGAUCCAUACCAUCUUCCUUCUUGAUCUUCACGAAAUUUCCGUUGUUUUCCACUAUGGCCUCUUCAUCUCUUGUGCUUCCUUCUAUUUCCCUCAGGAGGAGCUCAAUUUCGACUAGUAGUUUGGGUUUCAAGAAUGAUGUUCCAAGAAUUUCCGUCAAGAAUUUGGAUAGACGAGGUAGGGUUUUCAUGAGCAUCGCUGUUGGAUCUCAAUCCACUGUAGUCGACGAUGCGCUCUUCAAUGAUUAUAGGCCCUCCCGUGCUUUUCUUUUUCCUGGCCAGGGUGCACAAGCUGUUGGAAUGGGUGUGGAGGCUCAAAAAGUGCCUGCUGCAGCUGAAUUAUACAAGAGAGCAAAUGAUAUUUUAGGGUUUGACCUUUUGGAUGUUUGCAUCAAUGGGCCUAAAGAAAAGCUUGAUUCCACAGUUUUAAGCCAGGUAUGCCAUCAUUGUUUGCAUUUGUGAUAUUUUACUGUUUAUGUAGUGCUGUAUUCUCAUCUCUUCUUAAGGUAAAUCGGACGUGCUCUAGUAGUAUCUAAUAAUAAUCAAAUUUAGGUUUGUAUUUAGUGAAGAAACUCAAUGAAUAGAAGAAGAAAAAAGAAGCAAAAGAAACAAAGUGCUGGUUUCAGUAAAGAACAUAAGAAACUUUACUAGUCUCAUGCUAUAAUGGAAUCCAAAGACUGGUGGCAUACUCAAUUUCAUGUUUAGAAGCUAGAGGCUUGCGUUUGUGACUGCUAUUGGCUGCUAGAUCAGGAGCUGGAAGCAUUGUCACUUGUAAUUUCUAAUGUUGCAUUGUGAUUCU